UGAGUAUUCCACCACCUCUAUGAAUCCCAGACAAAGGGGUGAGAGCCCUUCGUCCUCUGAAGAUGAUGAGCCUUCUAUAACCUUAAAGAAUCGCAAACGAAGGGGUGAGAGACCUUUGUUUCAUGGAGUCACCAACCCUUUUAUACUCAUGAUGGCACAGAGACAAAGCGGUGAGAGCCCUUCGUCUUCUGACGAUGACGAGUAUUCUACCACCUCGAAGAAUUCCAGACGAAGGGGUGAGAGCUCUUUGUCUUCUGAGGAUGAUGAGCCUUCCACCACCCCCAAAAAUUCCCAACCAGGGGGUGAGAGACCUCUGUCCUCUGACAACGAUGAUCCUUAUUGCAUCUUGAAGGAUCCUGCAUACAUUCGUUUGUGCCAGGAAAAAAACAGGAUAAAGCGCAACAGGAUGAUCUGUGAUUUUGUCCUGGAAUGGGACAGAAAACAGCUGGAGAGGGAAAGACAAAGAUGUGAACAGAAACUGUCUUUUGAUGGCAGUGAUGAACUUGAAAAGAACCUGGAGCAGGAGGAACGUGACAGUUGGAUGGAGAAGCAAGAGUGGGCCAGGAGGAACGAGGAGGGAGAAAGCCUGGAAAUUAACAGACAAACAAGGAAGGAGAAUGAAGAAGAAGAGGGGCAAAAGGUGGAAAGGCGAAGAGAGACACUGGAUUGGAAGGAGACAGAAAGAGAGAAGAAGCAGGAGAAGGAAAGACAGAAAAGAGAGAAGAAAGAAAUGGAGAGACGAGAGAAAGAGGAAGAGAAAAGAAGGAAUCAGGAGAAGAAGGAGAGAGAAAGACAAAAGAAGGAAGAGAAAGAGAGGCAGAAGAGAGAGAAAAGGGAGAAGGAAGGAGAGGAGGAGCACAAGGAGAGAAGAAGUCUGCUUUCAAGACUUUGCAGUUGGUGGACCAAGACCAGGGCAACCAGAGUGGAAAAUAUCGCCAUCAAGACCCGUGAGAAGGAGCAGUUCACUGAAUGUGAUGGUGACACUGCUCAACAAGAGGAGAUGAAAACACCAAAGCUCCUAAACAAAAGAGGAACAUAUCGGCGGAACGCCUGGGUAGAGGCGAGGCAGCAGGAGAUGAAGUUCAACACAGAGGUGUUACCCAACUCAAACACUCUGAGUACAUCUAUUUACAGCAGGGUUCAAAACAUUUUAAAGUCACGCAAUCGUGUACAAUGCCAGUAAAGUAAAAAAAAAAGAGCAAUUUGUAGCCCUGCUUCUCCCUUCACAAACCUCUGACAGUUUGCCACAACCUGCUAAAGACCUCUGCAGUCCUCCUCCUCUCAUCUGCCGUCCUCCUCGGCUGCUGAAGACUUUGACUUUAUUUAACUAAACAUGUUGUUAUAGAUGAUGUUUUUUUUGUUGUUGUACUAAUUGUGAACUAACUUUGCCUCAAAAGCUUGGAAAACUAGGUAUUCCAGUGCUAUGUUCAAGUCUGCAGGUGACACCAUGCUGAAGGCGUCUGGGUCCAAAUCUCCUUUGACCUCCACCGGGGUUAAAAAGCCACAACAACAGCUCCAUUACCUGAGGCCCACCUGCACAUUUAACUUGUAUUGUUGUAUUGUUGAUCACUUUAUGCUUCAUG